AUGCGGCCUUAUCGUGUUGUGGAAAACACGGGAUUCAGGAACAUGCUACACACGCUAGAGCCGAGGUACGUGAUACCUUCCAGAAAGUAUUUCUCUGAAACAGCAGUGCCUCAAAUGUACAAGGACAUUAAGGAGAAAGUCAAAGAAAAACUCAUCAGAGCGGAACAUGUUGCUCUCACCUGCGACGCAUGGACUUCACGGGCAACCCAGUCUUACAUCACCAUAACAGCCCAUCACAUCACUGAAGACUGGUCUCUGUCCUCCCACGUCCUCCAGACCAGGGUCAUGCAUGAGUGUCAUACUGGCUCAAAUUUAGCAGAGCUGCUUCGUAACGUGGUAACGGAGUGGUACAUCACAGAUAAAGACCCGGCUUUAGUGUCAGAUAAUGCGGCUAAUAUGGUUGUCGCUGCACAGUUAGCCGGCUUUCUCCAUGUCAAGUGCUACGCACACACACUCAACCUGGCCUCUCAGCAUGCGCUAAAGCUGCCGGCUGUAGCAAGACUACUCGGACGAGUACGGCGUGUGACUGGAUUUUUCCAUAGAAGUGCCAUCGCACUUAAUGUUUUGGAGCAAAAACAGAAGUUGCUUGAGCUCCCCGCGCACAAACUGAUAACUGACAUAUCAACCAGGUGGAACAGUGCGUAUGAUAUGGUCGAGCGUUUCCUCGAACAGCAGCCAGCAGUCACAGCUGCUCUGCUUUCCCCCGAUGUGAGGAAAAAAGAGAAAGAUAUCAGCACCUUUACAGAGUCAGACAUAUCUAAUGCGGAGGAGUUCAUCCGGGCCCUGAAGCCAGUCAAGGUGGCUACAAGUGUUAUGUCUGAUGAGAACAACCCGACUGUCUCUGUCAUAGCCCCACUUCAUGCGCAACUCCUGCAAACCACGCAGGAAACCCUCAGAGAUCCUCCAUUUGUUAGAGACCUGAAAGAAGCAGGUCACCAAGACUUAAGUAAGAGGUACACGUCAGAGGUGGAAAAGGCCACACUUAAUCUAGCAUCAGCACUAGAUCCAAGGUUUAAAGUGCUGCCAUUCCUGACAGAAGAGGAGAAACAAGAAACAUUUGCAAGAAUGGCCGCUGAAGCUGCAGCCACUGUGGAACACUGUCAGGAAGUAGUGAGGCAGAACCAGGAGGAACUUGGUGAUUGUGCAGCUGCUACAGAAGAGGGUCAGAGUAAAGGAGAAGAUGGAGAUUUCCAGGGCCCCCCAUCUGCAAAAAGAAGAGUGUCCUGUGCACUAGAUGAAUUACUUGGGAACACUUUUGGGGAAACCAGCAGGCAGGUAUCAGCACUUCCAGAGAAGUCAGCCUUUGACAGUGCUGCAGAGGAGGUGAUGGAGUACAACAGAGCUGCUCCUUUGCCACUGUCUGAAAGUCCGUUAGAGUGGUGGAAAGAACAUCAUUGUGAGCACCUUUUCCUGGCUAAACUAGCCAAGCGGUACUUAUGUGUACCAGGGACAAGUGUCUCUGCUGAACGUGUCUUCUCUACAGCUGGGGAUAUUGUCACUGCUCAGAGGAGCAGCCUCACCACAGAGCAUGUUGACCAGCUCUUGUUUUUGCACAAGAAUCUUGAUAUUCUGAAGCACUAA